UCCGCGCGCACGUCAGCAGGUGCAGAGAGGAGUGUGGGGUUUCGCGGCUUCAUCAUCACUGCAUCAAAAUUACGCCGGCAUAUAACAAUUUUACAUCAAUAUAACAUUCUCAGAAAAUGGUAGCAAAACAAAGGAUCCGUAUGGCAAACGAAAAGCACAGCAAAAACAUCACGCAGAGAGGCAACGUUGCAAAGACCCUGCGACCUCAGGAGGAGAAGUACCCUGUGGGGCCGUGGCUCCUGGCUCUGUUCGUCUUCGUCGUUUGUGGAUCAGCCAUCUUUCAGAUCAUCCAGAGCAUCAGGAUGGGAAUGUGAUCCAUAGGCCCCACCAGACUCUGCCCUCUCUCCCUACACUCCCUCAUCAGACCUGGGGCUGCUCACCAACCUACGUACCUCCCUAACACCUCCAGGAGGCCUGGAGGUCCGGACAGCUCUGUGUCCAUCAGGGAAGGCCUGAGAGAUGAGUGGACCACCCCCCUUCCCCCCUCUCUGUUUUCCAUCACGUUUACAGAGUUCCAGGCCGUGGAGAUGACAGCUUUUCUACUGACAGUCUAAACCACAACCACUGGCUGGCUCAACCCCGUACAGUGUGUUUUACACCUGCUCAUAUAUGUGUGUGAGACUGUGAAUGUAUGUGUGUGUUUGUGAAGUCGAUGAUGUGACUGGCUGUUGUGCAAUACUGCUGUGUUUCUAUAUACACUCACCAGACCGUUUAUUAGGUACACCACCCUGUUCACGAAAAUGGAUCUCUCCUACAGACAGUGACCGUGGCUUGCUAUA